AGAAAGGCUUUCGAAACAACAGCCAACUUUUCCGGGACAUCGACAUGUCUUAUAUCGUCAGAAAGCUUAAAUGUUUGUUCAUCUAACUGCAGUGUCUAAUUUUACAGUAGCUAUUACAGCGGGACAAAAUACCAUGCUAUUGUUUGGGGAUAGCGCACAACAACAAAACACUUAUAAAUGCAACUUGUUUUGAUACAUUCCCCUCUGACAUAUUGGCUAUACAACAUGUCAAUUAGCCUAAUGAAGGUAAGCUGUCGUUAGGCACCAAUGAGACCAGCGGUGUUCACUUGAUUGACAGAGUCUUGGUUCAUGGACCACCUAUCAUUUUGAAAGCGGUCUAGCUAGAUAGCCAAUGAACUGGGCUUUCCAGCGGAAUGUGAACGCCUUUUGUACUGCAACAGUGUUCAAUCUCUGGUGAAAGCAAACAGGACUCACGGUAGUUAAUGAUACUCAGUGGUUCGUUCUCUUCUACAAACUUUCCUCAAAACAAAAAAAAAAAAGAAAACAUGGCUACUACUAGUGGGAAAGCUACAUCGAAGUCCAAGUUUACAAAUUUGGAUGAGAACAUUGUGGAAGUUGACUGGGAGAGUGACACAGAACUAAUGGAUGAGGACUCCACGAGUGAGUCCAGUUGUGAUUCCAGUGAGGAAGAAAUGUUUUUGGAAGGAGAGGAUCCCCUUUUGGAUCGAGGUAGAGACUCCGAUGACCUCUGGGAGCCAUCUCCAAAGAUACCACAUUCAAGUCCAUCCCACACUCGUUCAAACGUAGGAACGGGUUCCUCCAGUCUGACCCCUGCUGCUGUCUCUGGCUCCACACCCACCCCCACCCGGCCAUCUAGAGGUGUUAUGAGUCCAGACCAGAAGCGGAGGAGGGCUGGUGUACCAGCGGCAACUACAACCGAGGGAGAGGACCGUUGGCGCACUGUGCUAGAGGAUGAUGUGGAGCCACGUCGACCAAUAUUUCGACCUAAAAGGCAGCCGGGACCUCAGCUGGACAUGACUGGAAAGUACAGCCCCCUUCAUCUUUUCCAGAUGUUUUUCUCCUUGUCAGUUCUUGAUUCGCUUGUGUCUAACACCAACAAGUAUGGGGCUAAGAAGCAAGCAGGAAAGAAAGAGGCCUGGAAGCCCAUUUCCAUCCAAGACCUGUACUGUUACAUCUCACUGGUCAUUUAUAUGGGGCUAGUUAAGUUGAAAACACUGAAGGACUACUGGAGAAGCUCAAGACUCUACCAACUGCCUUUCCCCACCACUAUCAUGUCUUGUAAGAGGUUUCUGACUGUCUCGCGAGCGCUUCAUAUCAGUGACCCACAAGCUGACGACAACAAUGACAGGAAGAAGGGCACAGCAGGCUUUGAUAGGCUCUUCAAAAUCAACCCUCUCUACUCCAGCAUUGUUGAGGCCUGCAAGACCCAUUUUCAGCCUUCCCAGAACCUGUCCAUAGAUGAGAGGAUGGUAGCCUCAAAGGCCAGAAUUGGCAUCAAACAAUAUAUGCCUAACAAGCCAACAAGAUGGGGUUACAAACUGUUUGUUUUGGCAGAUUCUGCGUGUGCCUACACUUGGAAUUUCUUUGUUUAUGAGGGGAAGUCUAUCUCAGCCACCGGUAUGGGACUUGGUUAUGAUUCCGUUAUGAAAUUAUUGGAUUUUCCACUGCUGGGGAAGGGCUAUAAACUAUUCGUGGAUAACUUUUACACAAGCCCGACUCUGUUUAUAGACCUGAGGAAGCUGAAUGUAUGGUCUUGUGGCACCAUUCGUCCCAACGGAGUGGGUUUUCCCAAAACAAAAGUAAACGACAUGCCUAAGAGGGCAGAAAGGGGGACCAUACGAUGGAUUCGGAAAGAUGACCUGCUCUUUGUAAAGUGGAUGGAUGCCAGAGAGGUGAUCAUGUGCUCCAGUAUCCACAAAUCGUACAGCGGCGAUCACAUCCGCAGGCGUGCGAAGGACGCUAAUGGGACAUGGACCAAGAAAGAUGUCCCCGUUCCAGCUGCUGUUAAGGAUUACAACAAGAGCAUGGGAGGUGUGGACCUGUCAGACGCGCUGAUAGGCUACUAUAAUGUUCUCCACAAGACAAUGAAGUGGUACAAGACAUUGUUCUAUCACUUCAUCGACAUUGCUGUGGUGAAUGCAUUCAUCCUCCACAAGGAAAUGGCUAAGAGCUGUGGAAAGACCCCCAUGACACAGCUAGCCUUCAGAGAGCUGCUCAUCCAGGAGCUUGCUGACUAUGGCACAAAGACCACUGCAGCACCUUCUGUCCCCUCUACCUCUGUCCCCUCUUCUCCUGCCUCCAGUAAUGUUCACCUGCCAAAAUACAUCAGUGCAGACCUGAAUGUGCCUCAGGGCCAAAAGGGCACAGUAGGGAGGCGUCGUUGUACUGUGUGCCACAGGAAAUCUCCCAUCACCUGCACUACUUGUGCUGUAACCCUCUGCUUUACAACAGAGAGAAACUGCUAUGGGCUUUGGCAUCAGCAGCUCAAUCUGGUGUAGAGAACUGUGGGUGUUCUAAAUACUCUAAUUGUCCUGAUGGUGGUACCAGACAAGUCACUAGAAGAUGCCUGUUACUGAACUACCUCAAGGUUUCUGCCCCUCUGGUUGAGGUCCUGGUGUCUGCAGGGUUUGGAAAGAUCUGGUUGGCUGCUGAAGUGUUGCUGUGCUGGUGGAGUCGGAAGCUCUCCUGUUUUACACCUGCAAGCCCUCGUACACUCCUGAUUGGUCAGCAAGGAAGUGAGAUGUCUCGUUGGAACUGGGGGGAAACCAGGCCAAGUCAAUUCAACCCCAGGACUGUGUUUUGAUGUAUGAAUAAAUCUACAUAUUAAUGCUUG